AUGAGUUCUCCUAGAGAUUGGAUUAGUAGUUUGCCAGAUGAGAUUCUUGGCAAAAUCAUGUCUUUGCUUCCGACAAAAGUGGCUGCAUCGACAUCGAUUCUGUCCAAGAGGUGGAAGAAUCUGAUGGGUCUUGUAGACAGCCUUUCUUUCGAUGAAUCGAUGGUUGUGUAUCCAAACGAAGAAGAAGCAGCAAGUGGGACACACCGCUUCUUAGAUUUCGUAGACAAGACAUUCGCCGAUCUGUUAAGCAACUCUCGCAUCAAGAAGUUCUCUCUGUCUCGUGUACAUAAAUAUAAAUAUGGCGAGUAUGAAUUCGAUCGUGUGAGCCGUUGUGUCAGCCGUUGGAUUCAGACUGCUUUUGAACGCGGUUUAUUGGAGCUACACCUGCACGCCGGCCCCUGUUCCGGUUUAUAUAUAGAGACGGAGUUGUUAACGAGCAAGACACUGGUUAAGCUCACACUCUCCGGUGACUAUUUUCUUGAAGUGGAGGGUGUGUUUUUCCCAGCGCUUAAAUCACUUGACCUCUUAUCUCUCUACGGUCUUGAUUACCCCAACUUAUAUCGUCUCCUCCAUGGCUGCCCUCUCUUGGAAGACUUAUUCAUACGUGAUGAUCCUUUGCAUCCCUCAGGUGGCGGCCUUGACCUGGAAAGUGAAUCCAUCAGGCGACUUGUGGUUUAUCUCAAUCGUCCCACGUGUCCAGCGGAUCAGGAUUUAACUUGUUUCGAAGCACCAAAUCUUGUCUACCUUGAGUAUUCUGGUUAUGUCUCCAGGGAUUACACCUGUGUUGAUCUGGAUUCGCUUGUCCAUGUCAGGCUGAGUCUCAGGUUAUGGGUGCCAACUAACACUUAUGAUGAUGAUGAUACCGAUAUGGAUAUCGACGGUGGUUAUGCUUCUUCUGAUGAUGAGCAACCAAAUCCAGCUCCACCUCCACCUAUAUAUGGUGACGUUACAAAUCUAGUUGCAGGUAUAACCAGCAUUACGACCCUUCACUUGUCUCCCGAUUCCCUUGAGGCUUUCCAUUUCUGUUGCGAAUCUAUGCCGGUGUUCAACAACCUCCUUAAUUUAUCUAUUGAGAGUAACAAGGAAAAAGGUUGGCAAGUAAUGCCACUUCUGCUCAAGAGUUGUCCAAAUCUACACACUUUAGUCAUCAAGGGUCUUGUGCAUAGAGUAACAAAUAGAUGUGGAGAUGCAUGCGCUUGCGUCCCUAAGAAGAAGGAGGAGGAUUUAAGUUGUUUAUGGACAUGUCAAGUGAAGGUGGUAGAGGUUUAUGAGUAUGGAGGUUCUUUUCAAGAGAUGAAACAGAUGAUACAUUUCUUGGACAAGUUGGCAUGUCUUGAAACUGUGAAAGUUGGUGUUGCCGCGGACAAGUACCACCAGAGGAAGUUCUUGCGAGCUAACCUGCUGAAUCUACCCAGAGUUUCGUCAAAGUGCGACAUCCAAUUCAUCUGA